AUGGGCUUUGGUGGAAGGUGGAUAAGAUGGAUAGAAGGAUGUAUCUUUACUAGCAACAUGUCUAUUCUAAUUAAUGGUAGUACUACGAAGGAUUUCAAGGUGGAAAAAGGCCUUCGUCAAGGAUAUCCCUUGUCUCCUUUCUUAUUUGUGUUGGUUAUGGAGGUUCUUACGACUCUAAUGAGGAAAGCGACGACAAUUGGAUAUUUUCAGGGUUUCAAGAUAAAUGAAAAAGAGGAAGUGAGUAUGCUCCAAUUUGCGGAUGACACUAUUAUCAUGGCGGAGGGAGACACCGCGAGCCUAUGGAGCUUGAAAGCAAUCAUGAGGGGUUUCGAGAUGAUGUCGGAUUUGAAGAUAAACUUUCAUAAAAGUAACCUUUACGAUUUAAAUGUGGGAGAUUGGUUUCUUAAUGUCGCGUCAUCCUUCCUUUCUUACAAAGUUGGUAGCCUUCCUUUCAAAUAUCUAGGUGGAAAAACAUUGAUGGAAGCUUUCCCUAAAUUAUUUGCGCUUGCGGAGGAUGAUGUUGUAACAAUGGCUGCUGCUGCCACUCAUUCUGCUGCAUGUCGGUCUUGGAAUAGAAGGAAGUUGUUUGGGAACAGGGACGUUCCUCCGUUUCUGUGGCAGGAAUUAACUGAUUUUUUGCAGCAGGCGGAAACGGUAAUGCAAGAGGAAGAUAGCUUCAAAUGGAGCAUAAAUCCGGAUGGUUGCUUUACUGUCAAAUAUUGUUAUGACAGAUUUAAGGCUAAGCUUUUUGGUCUUCUGCUAUCACCGGAAGUAGUAAUUGCAAUCAAUCAUCUGUGGAAGGUAAAAGUUCCGUCAAAAAUAAUUUUCUUCGCAUGGCGUCUAUUACACAAAAGAAUAGCAACAAUAGAUCAAUUACACAAAAGAGGUAUAUUGAUGGAGAGUAGAGAUUUAACUUGUGUGUUGUGUUCGUUGGAGGAGGAAACUAUCACACAUCUUUUAGAGGGAUGUGUCGUUACGAAGAAUGUUUAG